GUCUAUACACCGUGUCUGCUUGUAAGUAUUCCGUACGUGUGCGUUGCCGAACAUGCGCCACGACGGCGCUGCGUAAUGUUCAUAAAAAACAAAAAAUAGUAGCAGUGUUUUUUUAGAGGCGGUAUCGUAGUGUUUUUUAAUUCAUUAGUACUUUAUUAGUACUGGUAUACCAAACAGCCCUAGUCUGUACAGGGCCCCCCUUCCUAUACUUUGUGCGUAGGGUCCUGCGUUCCGUGGAAGGCCCCACAUGUCUUCCAGGGCAUUUUUACCACAACUCAUAUGGGUCGCCAUAAAUGCCAUUUAACUGUGGCAUUUUCCUCCCAAUGAUUGCCAUUACUUUCACCAUCACACAUUUUCUGAAGGUUAUUUCUUCCACCCAGCUUUACAUCUGUUUAUGCCUCUCAUCCGGUCUGCCGCCUAUAUGUCUUCAUGAGGUCAUUUCUUUGCCCCCAGUGUCCACUGCUCUAAUUGUAGCCUAAUGGCAAGCCCUUAUAGCGCAAAGUGAUAAAAGCAGCUGGUGGUUGGCCAUGCUGCCUUCCCUCCUCCGGCUGAUGACUUUGUCUCGUUAAUGCUCGGAUACAAAUGGACAGUGGUUAUUGCAUCAGGAGAGACAGUUAGCCUGUCAAAAUGACCGGCUCUCUAACAGGGAGACAAGAGGAGAGGCAGAUAAGGAGCGAUGGCUAAAGUGCGGGUGAAUAUAUUUUGGAGAAGCAAUUUCACAGAGGGUGUAAAAAGCAUGGUGCAAUUACCAAAUGCGGCGUUCUGUUUCCGUAAUGACCGCUUCUCCGCGGGCUAUUUUUGAAGCGAGGAACUGUUGUGUUGUGUACAUGCUGGUCUUGAAGCUACCACCGAGAGCUGAAGCACUUUUCCCAGAUAAAUAUCCGCCAAAUGCAACUAUUAGGUUUUCCCCUUUCUCAUAUUUAGCAUGUUAUUGUGUGCAGUGUGAUAUAGGGCUGCAACAACUAAUCCAUUAAAUCGAUUAAAAUUGAUUAUCAAAAUAGUUGGCGAUUAAUUUAGUCAUCGAUUCGUUGGAACUAUGCUAUGCGCAUGCGCGGAGGCUUUUUUUGUUUUUUUUGUUUUGUUUGUUUUUUGUUUUAUAAACCUUUAUUCAUAAAGUGCAACAUUUACAAACAGCUGAGAAACAAUAAUCAAAAUAAGUACAAAAACAGUACAAAACAGCGCCGGGGCGGCGCUGAGGCUACGUCUCAUGAGGUGGAGGUAAGCUAGCCAAUGAUGUGUCAUGUGCAGCUCACGUGACGACGUCGUCUCCUUUGCUGGAAACAUUUGAAAAAUGGCGCAGGAAAACAGUACGGAUAGUUUAGCGGAGAAACAUCUUGAGGUUAUUGCUUCAAUGGAGAAAAGUGUACGACCUAAGUCGUCAAAAGUGUGGGAACACUUUACUUUAAAGACUUCAAAGAAGACCGUUUCCUGCAAAAUGGCACGGAAGUACAACAUUGCUUCAGGAGCACCUGAAAAGGAAACAUGUUGGAGCCAUGGAUGAAGGGUAGAACUCACAAGUCGGGGUUUUUCAUGAAGUCGGGGGUCAGUGGCGGUGUCCAAUUAAUUGGCUAAGUUAGCCCGAGGCUGUCGGCUCGUGAUUGACGUGUCAAGUCAAGGAGGUUUCACUCUCCACACCAACACCACCAUCUUCCCCAGAUUUUAUAAAGACGCCCCUCUACCGAGUGCUCCGCCCAACUCCUCAAAGAGACACAGCCUGCUGGACCUUGACCCCGCCCAUCUCCACCGUCCUGCCGGAGAGAACACUUUGAAUGAGAGCCGACCGAGAGCGUGGCGGCAAAUUGCUUUUAUGAAUGACCUUUCCCGCACAUCCAAGGUUCUCUCUGCUAGGAUUCCAUCUAUUGUUGCUGCUGCCAAUGCCUUCUUGAAUUAAUCAUUGCUUAUCAAGUGUCUGAGAUGGCCAGCUGGGUUUCCCUGCUUCUCUUCCUUGCCUGCCAGAGGACCUCCAGAGCCCAAGAGGCCAGCACUGCCUUCCCAGAGUUCCCCUCAGAGACCCCCAUCAACAACGUGGUCCAGGACCCGCGCACGGGCCGCGUGUACGCGGGAGCCGUCAACGCCAUCUACCAACUGGGGCCAUCUCUGCGGCUGGAAGCCCGGGCGGAGACGGGUCCCAAAAAGGAUGCCAGGACGUGCACGCCGCCGGCUUCGGCCUGCCAGGACACCAAGCUGAUGCCAAACAUCAACAAGCUGCUGCUGAUCCACCCGUCCAACGGUUCUCUCAUCGUGUGCGGGAGCCGAUACAGGGGCAUCUGCUCCUUACAGAACCUGUCCAACGUGGAGCAGCAGCUCUACUACAGCGACAACAAGGGCGAGAGGACUUACGUGGCCAGCAUAGAGGACAACGUCAACGUGGUGGGCGUCAUGUCCACCUUCAUCAAAGAGCAACACAAGUUGGACGUGUUCCUGGUGGGGAAAGGCUACGGCAGCCAGGACAGCACCAAGAUCAUCACCACCAGGAUUCUGCAGGACUUCCGGGAGUGGGUGGUUUUUGAGAGCAUCAUCGAGGCCUCCACCAUUCAGACCAUGCCCUUCGGUCCGAGGUACCUACAUGACUUCAGGCACGCCUUCUCCGCUGACGGCUUCGUUUACUUCGUCUUCUCAAGGACUCUGGACGGCAACGACAACAAGAACCUGACCUUCGUGUCCCGUCUGUGCGAGAACGACCACCAUCUGUACUCGCACACGGAGCUGCAGCUCAAUUGCGGCCAAGAUAACCGAUACAGCAAAGUGCACGCCGCCUACGUAGCGUCACCCGGGAAGGAGCUGAGUCGGGUCAUGACAGAGUCCGGGGCGUACGAGAAAGUUCUGUUUCUGGUGGCCAGCUCCGAGGACGAGCACAGCGAGUCGGCUCUGUGCAUGUACACGCUCAGCGCCAUCAACGAGCGGCUGGUGGACAUCAUCACCGCCUGCUACUGCGACUCGGGGAAGAUUUCAAGCGUCCCCGUCGUUGACAUCCCAUACUCCACCAAAACGGCGGAAUUCUGCACAUCGAAAAUUGCUAAGGACACGUUAGAACAGUACAAGUGCGGCGGAGACUUCCUGCCCACGCCUUUGGCCAGCAAGCCCGAAUUCGCCUUGAAGUCCAACGCGGCAUUGACCAAGCCCGGCCUUCUGACCGCCGUGGCCAUCGCCGUGGAGAACGAUCACACCGUUGCCUUCUUGGGGAAUAACCAGGGAGAAGUCUUCAAGGUACACCUGACAUCCCAUCCAUAUGUGUAUGGCAAGGCUCCUGGUGACACCUUGGGAGAGAAGGUCAACAAGAACCUUUUCUUCGACAUGGACCACAGCCACCUCUACAUCACCACUGAAAAAAAGAUCACCAAGGUGCCCGUGGAGACGUGCCUCCAGAAGCAAGACUGCCAAUCUUGCGUGAAUAUGAGGGACCCUUACUGUGGCUGGUGUGUCCUGGAGGGCAGGUGCACCAGGAGGUCUGAGUGCCGGCGGGCAGAGGAGAAGAAUGGCUGGCUGUGGAGCCCCAGGCAGCAAUGUGUCAAAAUUGUCUCCUUCUACCCGUCCAACCUCUCCUGGAAGAAGAGCCAGAAGGUGACGAUCAACAUCCCUUUGCUGCCCGCCAUCGGCCCUUCGGACCGUCUGCAGUGCUCCUUCAAGACCUUCCAGAGCGAGGGCGUUAUGUCGGAAUCCGGCCAGGUUUCCUGCGACCUGCCCCGCCCAUCGCAAAUACCGCAAACACCAGAAGACCAAGACUUCGUGGCCGUGCCUGUGAGCAUUUUCGUCAACAAGACGGUGGAGUUGGCCAUGCGCGACUACCAGUUCUACAACUGCGCCGCCACCGUGAAGAAGUCUGAAAACACGCCGUGCAUGUCAUGCGUGGCCAGUCCGUGGGGCUGCCAGUGGAACACACGGGACCACACGUGCAGCGACAUGGACAACGCCGUGCAGGACUCCAACGUCAUCAAGCACCGACAGGGAGCAAAGUGUCCUCGGUUUGAGAAUCCUGACCCGAUGCUGAUCUCCGUGGGCCACAAGAGCGCAAUCGGCUUCGAGGGUAUCAAUUUGGCCCUUUACCAGGGGCGUGUCUUCACCAUCGGCACUGAGCUCAUGCGGAACGUGGAAGAGGAGGUCAAGUUUGAGGGGGGCGGAUCUUUCUACAGCUUCAGUGGAUUUAAUUUUUCCUACAACAAGUCACAGGAGACCAAUGUUGUUCUUUACGUGAAGGACAAGGAGCUGGGCAAGAAGAUGGACAGCACGCUAAAUGUCACCCUGUACAACUGCUCGGUGGGCAGAGAGGACUGCAGUUUGUGUAAGAACGCCGACUCCAAGUACACGUGUGUGUGGUGCCACAAACUCAAGGCCUGUGUCUACGAGAAGCUGUGCACUCCCGAUGCCGCCAACGCAGAGUGUCCCGCCCCCAAAAUCACUGAUAUCCUCCCUCGCUAUGGCCCCCGAGAGGGUGGCAUCGCCGUCACCAUCCGCGGCUCCAAUCUGGGAAUCCGCAAGGAGGACAUUAAACGCAUCACUGUGGUUGGGGAGCCUUGUGUUCAUCAGCAGGACAAGUACUCUGUGUCCACCAGUGUGGUAUGUGUGAUCGGCCCCAUUACCCCCGGCAACGCGUUGUGGGGCCAAGUGGAUGUGGAAGUCAAAGGUGGAAAGAAAGGAACAUCCUCCAUGUUCUUCACCUACAGGGACCCGAUUCCUGAAGCGGUUACGCCGAGCCGAGGUCCUAAAGCUGGGGGAACCCUCAUUACCAUCACUGGAAGCUUUUUGGACACCGGCAGUAAAGAGGACAUCCAUAUCACUGUUGGAGGAGUGGGUUGCACUGUGGAGCACUUUGGAGAAAAAAUCACCUGCAGGACAGGAGAGUAUCGAGCUGAUAAGGUGCCCUCUGACCCCCUCUCCGUCACCGUGAAGUAUGGGACGAGCACCUUGACCUCAGUCCCCAGUGCCUUCCAGUUCUUGGAGAACCCGACCGUGCUGGACCAUCAGCCCAAAGCAAGCUUUGUCUGCGGCGGCAGAAACAUCGUUGUGACCGGUUCUGGUUUCGACAUCAUUCAGCGAGCCGUCAUUAAUGUCCGGGCAGACAACGUGACAUCAUCUGAGGUGGCCCAUGAGAAGAGCGACACCGUCAUCCAGUUCCGCUCCCCGACGAUCAACGGAUCGCUGAGUCAGCACGCCAGGACGUACAUUCAGCUGGACAACUGGGAGAAGGAGCUGAAGACCUUUGACUACCACCAGGACCCCGUCUUCUACGAGCUUCCCAAGAGGCUCUUCACGGAGGCCAGCAUCAUCAUCGUCACUGGGCGAGGCUUCUCCAAAGCCAUGACGGCCAAGGAGGCUAAGGCCUUCGUGGGCGACGUCCCCUGCGUGGUCAACACUCUCCAGGACGACAAGCUCUUCCUGGACCCGCCCUCCACUCAGCCCAGCGCUCGGUCCCGGAGGCACCGCCGCGACACUCGGCCCGAGUUGCUGGAUCUAAUGGUCCAGUUCGGGAAGGGGGAGUGGGUGGUGGGCUCGGUGCAGUACGAGAAGAAGAACGAUUUGUCGCUCUACAUCAUCAUCCCUGCUGUCAUUGUGCCAAUGCUGCUCAUCAUUGCUAUCUCCGUCUACUGCUACAGGAGGAAGAGUCAACAGGCGGAAAGAGAGUACGAGAAAGUCAAACACCAGCUGGAGAACCUGGAGGAGAGUGUGCGAGAUCGCUGCAAGAAAGAAUUCACAGACCUCAUGAUCGAAAUGGAGGACCACACAAACGAGCUGAGCGAGGGUCGGAUCCCUUUCCUGGACUAUAAGACCUACACGGACCGUGUCUUCUUCCUGCCCUCCAAGGACGGCGCCAACGACGUGAUGAUAACGGGCAAGCUGGACAUUCCCGAGGCUCGGCGGGCCACCGUGAAGCAAGCUCUCAACCAGUUCUCCAACCUUCUCAACUCCAAAACUUUCCUCAUCAAUUUUAUCCGCACCCUGGAGCGCAGCAAUGACUUCAACGCCAGGGCCAAAGUCUACUUCGCCUCCCUGCUGACGGUGGCGCUCCACGGGAAGCUGGAGUACUACACGGAUAUCAUGAGGACGCUGCUGUUGGAGCUAAUGGAGGAGUACGUCCACAGCAAAAACCCCAAGUUGAUGCUGCGACGGUCAGAGACGGUGGUAGAAAGGAUGCUGUGCAACUGGAUGUCCAUCUGUCUCUAUCAGUUCUUAAAGGACUCGGCAGGCGAGCCCUUGUACAAACUGUUCCGAGCCAUCAAGCACCAGAUCGAGAAAGGACCUGUGGACGCCCGUGUGAAGAAAGCCAAGUACACCCUGAACGACACAGGCCUGCUGGGCGACGAUGUGGAGUACUCUGUCCUGACGCUGCAGGUGCUGGUGCACGGCGAGGGUCCAGAUGUGACGCCGGUCAAGGUUCUUAACUGCGACACCAUCUCGCAGGUAAAAGAGAAGAUCAUCGAGCAGGUGUACAGGAACCUGCCCUACUCCUCGCGGCCCAAAGUCGACAGUGUCACGCUGGAGUGGCGCCCCGGCUCAACUGGGCAGAUUUUAUCCGAUCUGGACCUGACCUCCCAGAAAGAGGGCAGAUGGAAACGCAUCAACACCCUGGCUCAUUACAACGUACGCGACAACGCCACACUAGUCCUAUCUCGGGUGUUCCACACGCAGCAGAACUACGAUCAGAACCAGGAGAACCACGAGGAGCGGAACGCUCUGUUGGAUGACGACAAGGUGUUCCACCUGGUGAGGCCCGCCGACGAGCUGGAUGAGAUCAAGUCCAAACGGGGCAGCAUCAAAGACAAGUCCAUGACCAAAGCCAUCACAGAGAUUUAUCUCACAAGACUGCUGUCUGUCAAGGGAACGUUGCAGCAGUUUGUAGAUGACUUCUUCCGUAGUGUGCUGUGCUCCGGGGCGGUGGUGCCGCCGGCGAUCAAAUACUUCUUUGACUUCCUGGACGAGCAGGCGCUGAAGCACAACAACGUGGACGAUGAGACCAUCCACAUCUGGAAGACUAACAGCCUGCCACUACGAUUUUGGGUGAACAUCCUCAAGAACCCCCACUUUACCUUUGAUGUCCACGUGUCGGAAGUGGUAGACGCUUCGCUCUCAGUCAUCGCCCAGACCUUCAUGGACGCCUGCACCAAGAGCGAGCACAAGCUCAGUCGGGACUCCCCAAGUAACAAACUUCUCUAUGCAAAGGAGAUCUCCACCUACAAGAAGAUGGUGGACGAUUACUACGAGGGCAUCAGACAGAUGGUCCCCAUCAGUGACCAAGACAUGAACACUCAUCUGGCAGAGGUGUCACGGGCUCACACAGACAAGCUGAACACUCAAGUGGCUCUUCAUCAGCUGUAUCGGUACGCCAGCAAGUACUACGACGGGAUCAUCUCCUCGCUGGAGGAGGACCCGGCAGCGCAGAGCAAGCAGCUGACCCUGCGGCUGCAGCAGAUCGCAGCCGCCCUGGAAAACAAAGUGACGGAUCUCUAAUGUGGAGAUGGGCCGGGUGGGGUAAUUGCUCGAGGGCGGGGGAGAAAACACGGGAAAGACGGGCUGUGGUCGUUUCUGCAACACAGACAACAUUCCGACAAUAUUUUCUUGUGCGGCGUAUCGCUGAGAUGCAAACGGAGAGCUGAUGACGUGUCGCGCAACGCAAAGGUACGCCUUAAAGCUCACUUGCCAAACCUUAAAACAAAAAAAGAAAGACUCAAGUCCGAAGUAAGCCCCUGUGUGACGCACUGGCGCAGGAGAUAAUCAGAUGUUCUGUUUCUUUUCCUGUGUAGAAGAGCUUUUGAGAAUUGUAUGAUAUAUUUUUUUGAAUUGUCUUUAUGCAGAAAGCUUUAUAAGGAAACACAAAAAAGAUGUUUUUAAAUGGAUGGCCUCGUGGUUCGAAUAGUGUUUUUAUUCGAUGUCGUGUGUGUGUGUGUGUGUGUGUGUGUGUUUGUGUGUGUGUGUGUGUGUGUGUGUGUGUGUGUGUGUGUGUGUGUGUGUGUGUGUGUGUGUGUGUGUGUUUGUGUGUGUGUGUGUGUGUGUGUG